CGACGCCCUCUGCUGGUAAUCAACGAAAUAGUUUUGUCUGCCGCAGAACUGAUUAUUGAGUUCGAAUCCUCUCUAAAGCUCGAUUUGUUGCCUAACUUUCAAUGCCAAUUCUCUGCCAAUCAAAGUCACGCCGACCAAACAAACAGCGUUCGGGUCGAUGUUUUAAAUUACAUACACCACCCCGAAGCUCAAUUUCCGUUUGCUUGUCUGGAUUUCGGACAACUCUUAUCUUCGCUGGGCAUGUCGAAAAAACCGGCGUUCGUUUACCUGGAAUUUACUUGUGGCUUCUCAUCCAAAAUACCUGGUCGUUCAUUCUUACAAGCCACGAAGCCUGUCAAUUUCUCAAUAUCCGCGAAACCUUCAGAAAUAAUAAAUGAAAAAAGUGACCCGCCCGGGCUUUUGACCAUAGACAUCCUAGCCAAAGAGGGAGACGGGUUCAGCUUAUGCUCCGGAGAAUAUCUCAAAAAUAUUGUACCAUCAAUCGGAACAUCAAACAACUGCCAUCAGUCAGUGAAUUACUCAUCGACGAGUCACCAGGAAAAGACUGUGGUUGUUGACAAAGCAAUUCGCGGGAAAAUCCACGUGACUGAGAUGCUUCUUUCGCCGCAGCCAUACCAAUCGUCUUUUAUUGAAAUCUACUGCGAAAUUCCUUGGAAUGGAAAAAGAGGCUUUGUGCUGGUUUUCAAUUUUGGAAACAACGAGCAACAGCAGCAGAUCCGAGUUGAGUCGGAAAUCACAAACGAGAAUUUUGCAGUUAUAAUCUUCAAACUUCCUUCAAACAAAUUAUCAUUUCCGCCUGACGGCCUUGAUUUGUUCGCAUUACUGACCUCAAUUCAAAUAUACAGUCAGGCUUCGAUGUUGGUGGAGAUAUGCAUCACAGACGAAUUAGGACCAGCAACAAUUCCUCCGAACAGUGAUAGAUGUGCAGUUAACUUAACAAGAAAUCAACAUCUUGAAAGAAACAUACGUGUGCAUCUGUGUAACAGCCAGUGGAUGUCAAUUGAUAGUGAAACAUCUUCUCCUUGGCUUCCUAAUAAUUGUCAGUCAUAUCAAUCAAUUAGAAUUGAGAUCAAUGAAGUAAAUGUGGACCAGAAAUCAUUCGACCAGAACGACUUCAUCGAAAUCCAGAUUCAGCAGAGUCCACAAAACAACUUUGAGACUGAAGACACAUCUGACGGUUCUCAAAGAUUCGACCUGUCACUGUCCCUUUAUUCUGCCCAGACUGAUUUCAGCCUGACUCACGUUUUCGAACUGGGGAUCCUUCGGCCAAAUGAGUUCAAUUUGAUAUCUAUCCGGACUCUAGGAAACGGCGAGCUAGUUCUGAUCCGCGUCAGAGACAAUCCAACCAUAUGCAUAAUCUCAUCAGAAUUGAAACAAUCUGAUCAUUGCUUGAACGGGGCCAAUUUGGAGACAGAAGAAUGCACAAAAUGUGCUAGCAGUUCCAGAUGCAAUUGGAGUGCGAGAACCAAAGCUGGUUUGACCUUUCUUAAUUCUCACUCCAAACCUGGAUGCCAACUGACCUUGAAAGAUGACUUGCUGCUAUUGCGACCAGACAACGACCAAAUUAAAUCAGACAGGAACUACUUGUGCAAAGAUGUUCAAAAGAGUUCACUCGCUGGAUGCAAUUUGCCUUCUGCAACUUCAUUCGUCAUCACUAGCAAAAAGGGAGAUUCAAUUCUGACCUCUGGAAACUUCAUAAAUAACAAUGGCGUGGUCGUGGCUCUCUACAAUCUGCCAACAAAGUACUUCAGAGAGGGGUCUAAAAUGCACUUCAAUGGGAUGGUGGAUUCACUUCUCGUCACAACUUCCGCGUCUGCUGGAAUGUUGUCGCAUCAUUACGAGGAAAUAAUUCACAGGCGAAAACUUGCAAUUGCCACCGAUCACUACUCUUUGCACGACCGAAGUUUGAACAGAUGUUCUCAAAGAGACACCCUCAGAACCGACUGGCAACAUUUCCCAGCUACUUUGAAUCGACCCAACUACCCUUGCUAUACAAACGGGAAACCACAAGACUUGAAUUGGACCAACUCAGUUCUGACUUUCGGAGCUAGAUUGAAGAUGGUGACUGUAAAUUCCGACGGUGGUUUCGAAGUUUCCCUCCAAAUGACAAAAAUACCAGCAUCGGAGGUGGUCAAAGGCUGUCUUAUUGCAGGAACAAGCGACUCGGGCCAGUCGAGUCUAAUUCAAACGCUCUCAGAUUACGACUGGAACUACCCGACUAAUUCUAGAAUCUUCACUUUUAAUCUUGCACCUGCUAUUCUCAGAAGGAGCCAAAAAGUCUAUCUGCUGCUCUUUGCUGGAUCCUAUGAUGACUUCAUUUACCUGAACUACACCUGGAACUCAAUCGCCAAAGGCGUCCCAGACGUCUGGAGUUGGACUGUUGACCCCAAAAUCCAACAAUUCCCGCCCUCGUUUCCAACCAUCUACACACCAAGUCUAACUAAGCUACACGAAAAAAAGGUCACAUUUUUCCGACCAAAUGUAGAUGUAAACGAAAUUGAAGAUUGUCAACCUUGGAAGGUCGUCGGAGGUACUAUUUCUACUACCGAUCACCUCAGUAAAUUAUACACUAAUUUCAAUAGAAGUCAUCUUUUUAUCAGUGAAAUUGAUAUUUUCAAUCAAAUCGUUGAAAUUGGCCUCAACUCUCAAAUCACUGAUCGAAACGGCAGUGACAAUUAUUCAAAGCCAAGUUUGAUGAUAAUGAUAUCAUUUGCUGUUCUGGACUCCACGAAUCACGUGACUUCGUGGUUUGACCUCGUGACCUCAAACAAACUUGACCUUAACUCAUCUUCCUUGAAUAUAAACUCAACAACUUCAUUACACGUAUUUAACCUUACAAAGCUUCCCAACUUAGCAGAAAAUGUUGAGCAUGGAAAUUUCCAUGCGUCAAGUCAGUCGCUAUUUCGGUCUUCUUGUCAAACGAUAUUGCUGCUUCCUUUUCAGUCCAGCUAUCGAAACAGAUGUCGAAAUUUGUGGGACUACUUCAUCGACGCAUUUACUUUUGGAGACCAUUGUCGAGGUCAUAUGUCAACGCGUAAUGGCCAAAUUUUACAUACUAGUUCAAUUAGCAUGCAAAAUAGAAAUGAAACAAUUUCGAGAUGUGUGCAAGAUUCGAACUGCAGACCACAAAUGGUUGCCGAGAUAAUGCCCGUGUCAAUUGGAUAUCAUAAUCAUUGUCCAAAUGACCUUCAAGAUCUAAAUAUUUCGUGUCGAAGUGCAAAGGACACUCAAGGUUCCCAUAGUAGCUCCUCGAUAUCCGUUGACAGUAUCUUGCACCACCUGUUGAUUAGCGAAGUUGGAGGGGUCCUUGACUUCGGCAGCUACCCUGACUUUGUCGAACUCUCAGGGUACCCACUCUUAGCCCUAGACCACAUCACAUUACUCACUGUAUGCAUGGCUGCUGCAAAUAGCCACCGAGAUAUUAUAGAUUGGAAUUCCUUGUCUGGUUCUUCCCUGGAUAGUAACGGAUACCUGAUUUUGACAUUGGAUUCCUGGAAACAUUCUUCUUACAGGUGCGACUGUGUUUCGACUGUCCUCGUCUACAACCCAAUGCAGAUCAGAUACUUCGAAAUAGAAGACCUCAUCCACAGUGAAAUCAUAGACGCUGUAGUGUUCAACAGUGCCUCGAGGUCAGAGGUCAAUUCAGGUCAUCUAGUAUCGACCGAAGAAGAGAAAAGGUCACAGAAAGCAGACUAUGAUUACUGCAGUCACAUAUCUAGAAUUGUCACGCCUAAAUCCCACGCAGUUUUUGCUCCUCCUCAAUUCAGAUCUGUUAUUAAGAAGGAAAAUAACUGGGCGCAAACAUCAGAGGGAAUCUCGAUUUCACUGAGCAGGUGUUCCCUUUUCCACCCUGCUAGAAACAACGCCGCUUUCUCUUUUACCACUUCUUCGCCCAAACACUCUAACCUUUGUCCAUCCUACAAGUACUCAAAACCUAUUUUGACCCCCCUCACUUGGGAAACAAAAAAGAUUAAACAACCGCGGAAUCGAAAAAUUCUGUGCGCUGAUUGGUCCAAAACAGAAGAAGAAAGCAUAGUUAGUCAAAUGGCCCAGAUCAUAUCAAAACAGUGCGCCCUGAACGGAACCCUGGUAACUCGACACAAUAUUCAAGACUUCAGCUUACGAUGUUCGGCACAGACUGCAAUAGCUUCCUUUGAUCUUCUGGGUUCCAGUGAAGACAACUUAGAGACCCUUUCAGAGUGCUACUCCUACUCGAGUCGUGACAGUAAACUUAUCCUUCAAACUGGUCACCAAGUUUUCAAGUUUGAUUUUGAUGCCGAUUUAAUAAAUCCAGGCGGUCAUCUCUACCAUACAUCAUUUGGACUGCAAUUUACCAUUAAGGAGGCGGCCUUCGCUGUGUGUGGAGUGGCAGUGAGCAUAGCGUGUGUGAUUGUACUCGGAGUCUUCCUCUUCUAUAACUUGAUGAGAAGUGGCUUCAAACUAAGGUCGACAGGAUACCAGCUGCAAAGAAACUCAACAUCCUCAACUGUUUUGAGAACAAUUCACGAACAUCGACGAGCACAAAUGCCGACGUCCACGUCACAACACAAUCUCUUACACUCGAUAUGAGAACUUAUAGUUAAAAAUUUUUUGCAAUUCAAAUUUGUAUCUUUUCAACUUUGAUCUCUCUUGAAGUGGUCCAAAUAUGUCACAUUCAAAAAUGUGCCUCUU